UUCGUAAUGUGUCGUCAACAUAGUCAUUACUACAGUAACAGCAAUAUACGACCAAAGAUGGCGCCCCACGUUUGUCUCUUGUGAGGAAAUGUUGUUAGAGAAAAUACUAUUUCACGUAUCUAGGCAGUUUUGCGAUAGUUUAUUGUGAAAGCAAGAUAUUACAUUUUCGCUAUUUACGUGUGAUAAUUGUAUUGUGCAAGCCGCAAUGGCGAUGCAAGGUGGGACUGCACUUCAGGAGAAGGUCAGUCGGAUGUUGAGCAGAAAGCAUAAAAAGCCCGUUCUGAAACCCAACAAGCCGCUUGUUCUGAAAGAUGAGGUCGCCAACAGGAAAAUUAAGAAAGGGGAGGCCACAUGCGUCACAGAGAUGUCCAUGAUGAUGGCGUGCUGGAAGCAGAACAACUUCGUCGACACCCUCUGCUCCAAUGAAAUGCAGUCCUUCUAUACGUGUGUUGAGAAAGCCCAGAUUGCAGUGAAAAACAAAUCAGAGCAACACACCAUCGGCCAGAGUGGACGCCUUCAACCCAAACAAGCUACUAUCCUGCUGAAAAGAUACCCCAACUUACACGUAGAAAUCUAGGACUACUCCCAGCCCUACUACUACGAUGUAUUAAUUGACAAAGGUUGUGGGCCAGAGAAUCUUAACCACCCUGCCCACUGUCCUCUGUUAUCAUGCUUGGCCUUUGUGGCCAACUGAGGUCUCUGCUAGUUCUUACAGUAAAGAGGAAGUCUCUUAGAUCACAGAAACAUCACCAACGUUCCACGAAUGCUAGACGUGAUUCAUCAACAAAGUGAAUUAAGUGGAUUUAUUGUGCUGCAGAUGCACUUCUUGUGAUUGCCAUGUUAAAUUGAGUACGCUGUUACAGGUCAUCAUAUAAAACAGUACCAUUAAAAUGGCUUCAGUCACAGAAGGUUCCUACGAAUAUGUAACUUCACUCACUGUCUAGUAUUUUGAAGAGCAUUUUCAUUACGCAUUCAGUUAUUGCUAUAUUAUUGCAUGGCUUUUUAAGAUGCCCUAUUAAUUUACAGUUCUCAAAUAACAAUCAAGGACAUUUGUUUUCAUAACUUGACAUGGUAUUGUGUGUGUGCCCUGGAUGAAAUAUAGUGUGACUGACUGUUAUCUCAGUGUCCUGAGUUGACUCCCAUAAAAUGUAUUUCCCUUUAAAAAUGAUCUAAAUAAAUCCAUACUGCACAGACAGUGGUUGCUAACGAUA